AUGGCGUUCAAAAAGGUGGUUCUGAUCAACUGCCAGGGCCACCUCCUGGGCCGUCUGGCCUCUGUGGUCGCCAAGGAGAUCCUUAACGGCCAGCGCGUCGUGUGCGUGAAGUGCGAGAACAUCAACAUUUCUGGCUCUCUACACCGCAACAGGCUCAAGUAUCAGGCCUUCCUGCGCCUGAGGGUGAACUCCAACCCCAAGAGAGGACCUUUCCACUUGCGCGCCCCAUCUCGCAUUUUCUGGCGCGCCGUCCGCGGCAUGAUCCGUCACAAGACCAUCCGUGGAAAGAAGGCGCUUUCCCGCCUAGAGGUCUAUGAGGGGGUGCCCGUCAAGUACGAGAGGAAGAAGAAGCUUGUAGUGCCACAGGCCCUCCGCGCCGUGCGUCUUCGCCCCGGUCGGAACUUUUGCCGCCUUGGGGAGCUCAGCGCGUCGGUUGGCUGGUCCAAAAGCAGCCUGAUCUCCCGCCUUGAAGAUCAGCGCAAGGCCAGAUCUGCAAAGUUCUUCAAGCGCCAGCAGACCGAGGCCAAGGCCCGCGUUGCGGCCUCCAAGGAAGUCAUGAACUCCAUGCCUAAGGAAAGCGUUGCGCUAUUGCAAGAGUGUGGAUACGCAUGA